AUAGCCCAUUACUCAUGUCACACGAAUUACUAACUACCAACAACAAAAAACAUGGCUGAUUCUCCUACUCAAGCAGGGAAACGUAAGAAAAAGACGAAAAAAUUUUAUGGUGUUGGCAAAAAGGGGAAGUAUCAAAAUGUUAUUAAACCUGGAAUGAGAGGCGUACUUGUAUUUGGUGCAGAUAACGAGGCAAAGGCAAAAAAAGAGGCUUACAAUUUGUUAAAUGAGUACGCUGAUGAACUAUUUGGUUGUGAAUUCUCAGAGGAGGUAAAAUCUGAUACACGGAAAGAAGGAAAACCAAAAACAAUGGUAAUCAAUUAUCAACAAGGAGAUGGAAAUAAAACUGUUGAACAUGAGGACAUUGAUUCAGGUUCUGAGAAUGACAAUGCAAAUGAUAUUGAGAAAGUAAUUGCAAAAGAAAUUGAGCAAAUUAGUAGUCUAAAAGCAAACAGACGGUUUCAACAUAUACCAACUGGUGUGAGAGCCAUUUUAUUUAUCAAGACAACAUUAUCAUGUGAAGAUUUAAAUAGACUGAUGCAUCGUAUUCUAUGUGACAUUGCAAAAACCAAACAAAGCAAAGUGAGCUUUCAAAGGCUUGUUCCUAUCACACACAUCUGUCAAGCUGAACUUAAGUCAAUCAGUAAAAUUGUUGAUGAACAUUAUCUGGAGAAAGAUACUGAAGGUUCAGUAAAAUCAAUAUGCGUCCAUUUCAAGUCAAGAUUCAACAGCAAUUUAAAGCGAAACGAUGUUCUUUCUGAAGUGUCAUCUUUGUUUUUGAAUCUUGGUGAUAAAGUGGACCUGAAAAAUCCUGAUUUUGUCAUUGUGCUUGAAAUUAUGAAGAAUCUCUGUUUCAUGAAUAAACUUACAGACUUUUAUCACCACAAACGAUACAAUCUUCAUCAAAUUGGAAAGUCAACAAAACACGAAGGUGUUGAAAAAGAUGAUAAUUUUGAUGAAAGAAAAAAUGAUGAUGAUGAUAGCGAGGUUAACCGUGACGCAAUUUACGUCAAUCCUAUUUGUGAGGCUAAGUAAGGCCACUUUGAGUGUUGAAAUAUCGUUGUUUGAGGGAUAUCUUUCGCCUUCGAACCCAGUUCGGGUUUUUUGCGAAAUUUAGGUUUGUUGUUCUUCAGCAUAAGUAGUCAACAUGUUAAUACAGUUUUCAUUGAUACUUGCAUGUAUGGAAGUUAAAAGGAAUACUCAGAUGUAGAUCAAUUGCAGUUUCGUGUGGUAAAUAUUCGCUAUUUUUAUAAUAUUCAAUAUUGUAAUCAUUGUUCAAUAAGUAUUUAAAGGAGGAAGUUUUGAGAAAAAAGUUUUUACACACCCAUAUGACAAUUAUGUAAAUUUUCUAAGUACCUUUUGUUACAUCUUUGUGUUAGGUAGAAACCAACAGUCACGCAAGUUAAAAAAUUGAAAAUUAAUUUUAUUAUCAAAGGAUACAUGUUGAGAUAUUUAUGUACACGUCGGUAAAAAGUAUAAUAAAUUAAAAUGCUUGUGAAGCUAACAUA